AAUCAAGAAAGCUGCAGAUAUGGAGACAAGGACCAGAGGUUUUGUGGACGGAAGAAGAAGAAUGGCCUCCACAGCUACCAGAGAUAUCGGCAACAUUGUCAGAAACGGAUGAAGGAAAGGACUUUUGGGACUCACUGUUUYGCAAGUACUCGACCUGGAACAGGCUAAGAAGAGCAGUUGCAUGGCUCAUCAGAGCUGUCCGUAAGUUGAUUGAAGCUUGGCCGCGUAAAGCUGAGCGCGACAGCGCCAAGAGCUUGCGACCCAGUCAGGAGACCUUGUCAGUUUCGGAAGUUGAAGCAGCGGAGAGAAGAAUCGCGAGAUUCAUCCAGAAGGAGUCGUUCUUAAACACUCAAGACAGUGAAGUGGGAAUCUUGAGCAAGGAAGUUAAAGAACGAUUCAUCCACCUGAAGCCAAUUUUAGAAGACGGAGUGAUUCGGGUAGGAGGGAGAUUGGAUCGUUCACAUCUGUCCUAUGAUGCGAAGCAUCCCAUCAUCUUGCCUGGAAAACAUCCAGUAACAGAGCUGAUAAUACGUCAUUAUCACUAUCGCAAUGGUCACGUUGGAACCAAUCAAGUAUUAGCCGAGAUACGACAACGUUUUUGGAUAGUAAGUGGAGUGUCGUCGGUUGGAAGAGUCUUACGCAAGUGCCACGAAUGCAGGCGUCAGAAUGCUAAGAUGGGAGAACAGAUUACAGCUCCACUACCUGAAGUGAGAUCGUCUUCGGACGGACAAGAACUAGUCUAUCCGUUUGCCGCAGUCGGCUUAGACUACUUUGGACCGCUGUACGUCAAAAUUGGACCAAAUACAAGAUCCAAGAGAGAUCCUGCCUUGAACAAGCGAUACCGUUGCAUAUUCACGUGCCUAAGGUACAGAGCAGUCCACAUCGAGGUGGCACAAGACUUAUCUACUGAUAGUUUUAUCAACGCAGUGAUACGUUUCGUUGGUAGACGUGGACCCCCAAGAAUCAUAUACAGUGAUAACGGCACUAAUUUCAAGGGAGCAGAGUUAGACGUCAUCAAAGCAAUGAAGACGUGGAACCAAGAUCGGAUACAGAACGAGCUGAAUCAAAGAGAUGUACAGUGGAAGUUCAAUCCUCCCGCAGCGAGUCACCAAGCGAAUCGUACAAUCUACCGUGUAAUUGUCAAAUAA